UUAUUUGGUAAUUGCUUACUAUGUGUACAGUCCAGUCAGUUGACGUCUAUAUGCUGAUCAUUCAGAAAGUAGAAAAACAUUUCGAAAAGGAUCAAAGAAGGAAAAAGUGAGGUAAAAAACGAGAAUACUAAUCAGUACUUGGCAACUUGAUCUCAUGGACAACAGCGUUCAAUCUAAUGAGACUGCAAAAUCCCUCCUUGGGAUCGAGCAAUCCAAUGUUCCAAGCUCUACAUUCAUGAUAUUUAAUUCCCCUGGAUCUCAGAAUCAACUUCAGGAAACUACAGAGAGUAAGGACUCUGCAGAUAUCGAGGAUGUAAAAGUCUGUGAUAUUUGUGGAGAUCCUGGUCUGGAAGAGUUACUUGCUAUCUGUAGUAGGUGUAGUGAUGGUGCUGAGCACAUAUAUUGCAUGCACAAAAAAUUGAAGGGGCUUCCAGAGGGUGAUUGGUUAUGCGAAGAAUGCAAGUUUAAGGAAGAAACUGCAAAUCAAAAUGUUGAUACAGUGAACGACACUUUAUCAGAAGCUUUAGAAGUUCAUCAUUCGACAAAAACUAGUCAAAAUAUUAAAAAUGAUUUUGAUCCUAACUGUUUGCCUGAGUUAGAUGCUAAAGCACUUAAUUUAGAAGAAAAGGUGGCCCAUGAAAGGCCCCAAAGUCCACAAAUCUCUGCUAAGAGGGAGGAAAGCAACUUGAAGGUUGAUUUGAAAAAUAGCGAAAGGGUUCCACAAUCAUGUGGUAUCUCCUCUUUGAGGACAGUUGAUGCCAAGAACAAAUUGUGCUUAUCGCAUGAAAGUUCAUUACACAUCUUAGGUGCUGAUAAAUCAAAUCAAAUAAAGCCAUUGGCAUCAUAUGGAGGUCAAUCUGUGAAUAAUUCGUUAUUUUCUCGCUCACAAACCUUUUCAGGUUAUAACUCAAGUAAGAUAUCUGAUAUGCUUCCAUCAUCAUGGGGGCCUCUAUCAAAGACGGUUUCAUUCAAAAAUUCCAAUAUGAAGCCGAAAGUUCAGUUUAUUGAAAGUAUGCCUUCUCAUAAACAAAUUAUGAGCAAAGAAUCCAAUGAUUCAAGAAAAGGACAGAUAAAAAAAUUGAGCAAACCUCCAUCUUUCAAAAGCAUUACACCGAGCUGCUCCCAUGCUGAGUCUAUAACUAAAACCCAACCCGUUCACCCUUCAGUGCCUUCACAGGCUGAAGAUCUUAGAGGUCGUAGAGAAAAAAGUGUGGUAGAAAAGAAAAGUGCUAUCUUGGAACCCCUACCUGUCAAUCCUACAUCCGUGGCCAGCGUUGGCAAUCUGCAUGUGAAGGAUGCCCCGGUUGAGAUUAUAUCUGAAUCAAAAAUUCUGGACAUUCAUAGAUGUUCACAUGACAAAAAUAAUGUGGGAUGUAAUGAUGGGAAGUGGUCAUACAUCUUGAAAAGUUUUGGACGAUCAUCCUCGAAUUUAACUUCCCAAAAGCCAUGCCAACCUGCCUUGAAACAAGAUAUUCAUGAGAUUUUAGGUGCUGCUGAUAAAUCAUGCAGUAUUCCUAAUGCAACCUCUCAGCGAACUGUGCCUCAAGUUGUAGAAAUCUUGCAUGGGAAUGACAAAGUCAAAGAUACAACCUUUUCGGGUAUCUUACAGCAAGCUGCUCCAGUUGUUAGUGGAUUACUACGAUGUAGAAAAUGUAAUGAAACAGGUCAUCCUACACAGUUUUGUUCAAUUUACAAACUCCCUGUUUCUUCACUUAAACCUUCAGUUGGUCAAAAUACAAGAGAUCUUCACAACAAAAGUAAUGACUUAAGAGAUGCUGCAGAAGCACCUAUUUUGAAGUCAACAAUACAAAAAGAUAUUAGAUUGCCAGAUCAUCCGGAUAAAUUAUCUAUGCCUAGUGCCCGUUUGGGCUAUAAAGUACCUUCCAAUGAUACACCAUUAGGUUCUUCUAGCUUUCUUCAUAACUCAGCUCAUCAGGAGAGGAUUCAGGGCCAAGAUGUUAUAAGAAACAGGAUGGGUGAUCCUAGCAAGAUAGAAGCUUCAGGUAAUUUGAAUGAGGAAGUUGUUCAAGCCUCAUGUGCUCCUACAGAAAUUAAGUUUCAUCCGAUUGUUACCAUUUCAGAUCAGUUGAAUACAAAGUUUUCACCACAUGUUGUGCCCACUACAGCUUCUGUUCCAGCAGAUGUACUAAGAUCUUCAGCGAUUCCACAGCUUGAGUCCAUCUGGCAAGGUGGUUUCGAGGUGCUAAGGUCUGGAAGAGUUUUCAAAUCCUAUGAGGGGGUUCAAGCCCACUUGUCAACUUACGCAUCACCAAAAGUUCUUGAAAAGGCAAUCAAGUUUCCUGGCAAAGUCCAUCUAGAAGAAAUAACUUAUCUGAGCUCAUGGCUUUGUCAAUAUCAGGGACAUAGCCUAGGCGAACACAAUAUUGCACUCUUUUUCUUUGCUAAAGAUAUGGAGAGUUAUGAAAACUCUUAUUCGAAGCUGUUGGAAGACAUGAUUAGGAAUGAUUUGGCCCUCAAAGGAAACAUUUCUGGAGCUGAACUUCUUGUUCUCCCAUCAAAUAAAUUACCACAGAACUUCCAGCGUUGGAAUAGGUUGUACUUUCUAUGGGGUGUAUUCAAGGGGAGGAGGCCCAACUGCUCAAAAACCAUGCUUCAGUUACAGGAUAAGCCUUUGGAGGCCAGCUUCAAUUUGGAAACAUCAGUUCAAGAUUUGCCUCUCCCUGUUCCUGAAGCUUCUCAAUCCCAGAAAUUAAAUUGUAAUGUGAUUCCAUAUGGGGAAAUGCCAACUUGUUAUAAGGUUAAUGAGGUGAAAGAAGUUGGAUCUGUUAUCUGUGAGAAAUUUCCAUCAAGUUCACCUCCAGGUUCUCGAAUGAAUGCCAUCCUUUCAUGCUCUGGAGCAGAAAACAAGAAGAAUUUUGAUUUAGAAAAUGCGGAAAUUAAGCCUCUACUCAGUAAGGAGAAUAUGGAAGAGAAAAGAAGCUUACUGGACUCUGAUAAUUUUUGCGUUAAUGACCAUCAUGAAGAAAGGCCCAACAGGAAACGUUCACUCCCAACAAGCGGCGACGCUUUCCAAAUGCCUAGUGAAAUAAUGCAUUUCAAAGAGAAGAUUCCCUUCAUUGAUGAUACAAGGGAGCACAAGAGGAUGAGGCCUGAAAGUAUGGGACAUGUCAGUUAUAAUAGUCAUCAAGAAGAUCUCAGCAAAAGUUUAUCACCAAAAGGUCCUCCUGGGAGCUUGAACGCUGAUGAGAUCUGCUUGCUUCCAAUAGAGCCAGACCCGAGAAGGGAUAUAAUGCAUAAUGUAGUUACUGAUGGAGAAUGCUCUGCCGAUAUUCCAAAUCUUGAAUUAGCAUUAGGCGCCAAAAAGAAACUUCCAGAAGAGGAAAUCUUGCCUCUGUUGUCAUCAAAUACUGGGGAUGAUGUGGAGGGCUUGCUUUUUCUUUCUCUUGCUUUGCAUUCUCCAGAAAAAGGACCCAAAUCCUUCACCUCUAUUUGAUGGGUUUUGGAAAAAAGUAGAUUCUUUGUUCUGCAAAUAGACAGUGCUCAAGACUCAUGGCUUUGUGCUUAUGUAGUAUGUCAUCAAUAUUUGAGGAUUGCAAAUCACUUAACAUCCAGAAGAGUUCAGGCAGAUGCAAGCUGCUUUGAUAGUGUUCUCCCAGGUUAUUGCCAUAAAUUGGGCUGUUAAGAUUUUAUGCAAUGUGAAUGAGCCCAGAAAGAGCCUGCAAGAUGAUUGCUAACCUAUGGACAGGUACCAGCAACUGCUGAUUGCAUCUGCUAUGUAUUAUCCGAUUGAUUGAUGGAAAGCAGGAAACAGGUCUCUCAAAAGAAUGGUCUGACCUUCCUUUGGCAAUGUUGCUUGAAGCUGAUCGUAUGUCGGAGAGAGUGCCUCGAGACAAGCUGAUGGGCUAAUGUGAGGACGUUGGUUUUACUUGCACGCCAGGAAGGCUAGAGACUUGGUUUUGUUUGCAAUGUGAAGGCUAUAGAGUACCUGUCGGACAAAAGAGGCUGAGUACUGCUGUGAAAAAAUAGCAAUUUUUUUUGGCUGAGAAAAUGUAAAAAAAGGAAAAAUGUUCAGAACACCAUGACUUGAUUAUUUGAGAUCUACACUUUUCAAACUGGAAGAGAUCAAUGGUCCCAACAGAGCUCAGUUGAGUUGUACUAUGUCUUGUUCUUGCUCUAUGAGAUUUUACAAAUAUCCGUUGGGACUUUAAAUUCUAGUUAUUUACUUGACAAAAUUA